GAUGUCGGAAGUCUACUCGAGUACCGUACCGUACCAAGUUUGGUGCGGUGCCAGGGGGGCCAGGUGACUGAUGGGGUAAUGUUAAACCUAAUAAGUUAAGUUGUUGUCGCUGCCGAGGUUCCCCCACCGAUCCCCUUGUUACCCCGGGCUUGUGAUGGCUACUAUCCCUCAUUCACAAAAACCUCCGUUCUUCUCUCUACUCGUCAAGACCCACCCCUCCCGUCAUACGCCAUCGUUCAUAUAACGUAUUCCCCACAAAUCCGUCUUCAGCUAUGCCAUUCCGAACAGCCCUUACUGAAGCUUUAGGCAUUGCCAGUACGCCUCCCCUCCUUCCCUCACUCAUCCCUCCAUUCACAGCCUCCCGGAAUCUGGUCUGACCCCCAUCCUGUAGUCCCCGUUAUUCAGGGUGGGAUGCAAUGGGUUGGGUGUAAGUAACAUCCAUACUUCGUACUGUAGAAGUACACCUCCCUUCCUGAUUACCUAUGCGUUCUGAUCACGCAAUCCAGAUGCCGAACUUGCCUCUGCAGUCUCCAACGCCGGGGGUCUGGGAAUAGUAUGUUCACUGAUCUCUCCCCACCGCGGCUGGCUGGCUGUCCGUCUGGAGAACGCCGUGCUAAUCGGAUCGGCUUAGAUCACGGCCCUAACCCAACCCACCCCAGCAGAUCUCCGUAACGAGAUCCAGCGCUGCAAGAAGAUGACGUCGAAGCCCUUCGCCGUUAACAUCACCCUCCUACCGGCUAUUGUGCCUCCGGACUACGACGCCUACGCGCAGGUCGUGAUCGACGAGGGUAUCAGGAUUGGUACGACACCCCCGAUCCCACACCGCCGCCUCAAAUAGAAAACUAAUCAAGCACAGUUGAAACCGCGGGUAAUUCUCCCGGUUCCAUAAUCGGGAAGCUCAAAGCAGCAAACAUAAUAAUCCUGCACAAGUGCACAACUAUCCGACACGCGCUGUCCGCGCAGAAGCUCGGCGUGGACUUCUUGUCCAUCGACGGCUUUGAGUGCGCCGGUCACGUUGGCGAGCAUGACAUCACAAACUUUAUCCUCCUCCGAUGUGCAGCCCAGUCGCUAACUACCCCGUUCAUUGCGUCCGGAGGAUUCGGUGAUGGGGAGGGAUUAGCUGGUGCGCUAGCUCUUGGCGCCUGUGGGAUCAAUAUGGGAACCAGGUUCAUGUGCACUGCUGAAGCCCCUAUUCAUGAGAAGGUCAAGAGGGCUAUUGUCGCAGCCACGGAGGACGAUACAGAGUUACUACUUAGGAGGUGGAAGAAUACUAGCCGGCUGUUCAAGAACAAGGUUGCGAUUGAGGCGAAGAAGAUUGAGAAGGAGAGUGUCACGGGGAAGUUUGAGGAGAUUGCGCCUUAUGUCAGUGGGAAGCGUGGGAGGAACGUGUUCAUCACUGGUGAUAUUGACGAGGGGGUAUAUCUCUCGAUUUGUUUUGAUUUCCCUUUAACCCUCCCGUUUAUGUUCCAACAAUGGGUGCUAACAUGGGGCACACGGGUAGGUCUGGACAGCUGGCCCCGUCAUGGGAAUUAUCAAGGAUAUCCCGACGUGCAAGAACCUCCUGCAAAGGAUAGAAAAGGAGGCUGAGACCUCAAUUGAUCGGAUCAGUAAACUUGUUGUUCCCGCUCCUACUUCUAAACUUUAGGGCUGGAGACAAGUUACUGCCUGCCUAUUUCCUCAGCUUGUGCGCUCUCAUACAUGCACGCACACCAUAGAGUACAGUACCUGCAUCUAACGCAUUGUAAAAUAGUCUUUAGAACAAGAAGGGCAAUUCAUUAUCUGUUGAUACCCGCC